UUCUUGCCUGUAGUUGUGCGUGUUGUGUUUUGUACAUACGCCGCUAAUCUAAAUUGUAAUCAUUUUCUACUGAUUUUUCAAUGUAACUACAAAACUUUCUUUCUUUUAUUAAUUGACUGUAAACAUUCCAUAAAAAUGAUGCAUUUGUACAAAUCAGUACUUUUUCUGUGUCUGACAUUUACAUCAUUGAAGACAGUUGAAUCCAUAAACUGCUAUCAAUGUUCGGGGACAGACUCUGAAAACCCUUUUGAGUGCAAUGAAUAUUUUGAUAACGACAUAGACAUAUCACCGAAGGACUGUUCCGAUAUUCAUGGCGCUCAGUAUUGUAUAAAACACGUCGGACGGUACGAAGUUGUAGCUAUAGAUUGCUAUCAGUGCAAUUCUUCAGCUACGAUGGAGUGUGGUGAUGCUCUCAUGCACCUGGACGGGGGAAGCCUGAAGCCUACUUCCUGUGAACAUGUCUUUAAUGCUCAGUUCUGCAUAAAACAUACAGGUGGCAUCAGCACAAAAAGAUAUUGUUCAUCAUUAGACCUGGGCAACUACUGCAACUAUGUGCAGCAACCUGGAGACAAGCUCGAGUACAGGACUUGCAUAUACACCUGCAGUAGUGAUGGCUGCAAUGCUGCAUCUGGCUUGACAAUAUCUAAUGCAGUGUUGGCAGUACCCUUCCUAAUACUCGCUCAUAUACUAGGAAUACUAGGAUAUGUGUCAUUAUAAGAUGUUUGUUAGGGAAAGUUGCUUUAACUUUAAUAAUUUUGAAAUGCAUUUAAAAUUUCCGUGUUUGAAGCCAAAUAAUAUU